AUGGAUGGCAGUGAAGACAGCGCUUUGUAUGAGAACGACAGCAGGGAUGGUGAUGACUGCGAACUCAGUGAUGAUGACAAUGUCUAUGUUGAUAACCUCACACCAGCUACAGCUGAAGCUCUACAGCCUCUGCUUGUUCAAAAAUUCCUCAACUUCCUCUUAUUUACAUGGUUCUUAGACAAAAUCACCACUGAGUUUAUGUGUGGCAAGAUCAAUAUAGACCAGACCUUGCAACUGCUCAAUAACUUUAAUGUCUCUUAUGACUAUGUUCACGUGAAAAAGCUGUUCAAGAAAAAUGACAAACUGAAGUCUGGAGUUAUUACCAUGGAAGAUUUCAGGGCAAUUUAUCGAGCGAUCAUGCACAGGCCUGAAUUUCAUGAACUCUAUUGUACCUAUUCGCCUAACAAGAAAACCCUACCUGCAGAAAAACUAGCUGAAUUUCUUAGAAAGGAACAGUUUGAACUUGGAGCUGGUGAAAAACGAGCCAUUGCACUAAUUAACACUUACGAACCUGUAGCAGAAGUAAAGAACAAAAAAGAGAUGUCCUUCGAGGGCUUUGUCCGAUAUUUGCUUUCAGAAGAAUGCCACCUGUUUAAAUCCCUGCACAAAAAGGUUUAUCAAGACAUGACCUACCCACUGUGUGAUUACUUCAUUUCAUCUUCACACAAUACCUACCUGAUAUCUGACCAGCUUGUAGGACCAAGUCAUCUCUGGGGCUAUUCAAGUGCCCUCGAUAAGGGAUGCCGCUGUCUUGAAAUUGAUUGCUGGGAUGGAGCAGACAACGAGCCCGUGGUAUAUCAUGGACAUACCUUAACAAGCAAAAUCACCUUCAAGAGUGUCAUCUAUGUGAUCCAUAGGCAUGCUUUUAUGGCCUCGGACUAUCCCAUUGUUUUAUCUCUGGAGAAUCACUGCAGCCCUCAGCAACAGGAAGUCAUGGCAGCUUACAUGCAAGCUAUUCUCAAGGACCAACUGGUUACUUCAACAAUUAAUGAUGAGAUGCCAACAGAGCUACCUUCCCCAGAGGAAAUGAAGUUCAAAAUAAUGAUAAAAAAUAAGAAGGUUGGGCCACUAGAAGACACCAUUAAACGAAAGGGUAAGGCCAUUAAAGGUGAGGUAGAGGAGGCUGAAAAUACUUCAGAAUCAGAUGAGGAGGACGACGAUUCUUUGUUGAUCAAGAAAGGCCUGGGUCAGAAGCCACCACAAAAGAAGAAGAAAAAGGAACUAAAGGUCCAAGUGGCGAUGCUGCUGUCAGAACUCGUGAUUUACACCAGAUCCCGGAAGUUUUCCAGCUUUGAAGAUUCAAAAAAGAAGCAGAAGUUUUAUGAAAAUAAUUCCAUAGGAGAAGUGAAAGGCCAGAAGCUCAUUAACAAGAUGGCCCAACAUUUUGUCUCGCACACGGUUCGAUUCAUCACAAGGAUUUACCCCAAAGGAACGCGGGCAGACUCUUCCAAUUACGAUCCCCAAGAAUUCUGGAAUGUUGGUUGUCAAAUGGUGGCCUUAAAUUUCCAGACGCCAGGAACACAGAUGGACCUACAAAAUGGGAAGUUUAUGGACAAUGGCGGUUCUGGCUACCUUUUAAAACCAGAGUACCUGAGAAAGAGAAAUACACAGUACAAUCCUUUUGAUGUCGUUGGGAAAUACAAUCCAAUUACCCUGACAAUAAAGAUUAUUAGUGGUCAUCAGCUGCCUCCUAGUAAUCUUUCCAAGAGUAAUAAGGCUGAUCCUUUAGUCAAGCUAGAAAUCCAUGGUGUUCCUGAAGAUAUGGCCAAGCACCAGACUUCUGUAAUAAAGAACAACGCUUUUAAUCCUAGAUGGGAUGAAACAUUCACUUUUAACAUCCAGGUACCAGAGCUUGCCUUGGUACGCUUUGUGGUGGAAGAUAAGAUGUCUAUAAUUGCCAAUGAUUUCCUUGGCCAAUAUACUCUGGCAUUUACAAGUAUGAAUAAAGGUUACCGCCAAGUCCCGUUGUGUUCCAAACUCGGCGUUCCUCUCGCUCCAGCCUCUCUGUUUGUGUAUGUGUGGUACCAUGAGCGAUAA